AUGCACUGGUACAAAGGAGAUGUUCAGAUAUCUCGUAACAGUGACAUAAUUAAUCAAAAUGUGAUCACAAUCUUUGACGAGCAUGAUGAGGUCAACAAAUAUACUGUUACAAUACAAGAAGACUUACCAUCACCAACCUCAAAUUACAGUUUAGAGAUUAACAGUGUUUCCAGAAAUGACGCUGGUGUUUAUACAUGUAAGAUAGAGUUAAACGGACUAAGUGCAACUGCCAAUGUUGACUUGUCAGUGAAAACGACCCAGGCUUUAACAGGCGAUAAAUGCUACAAGAGCACAAUUUCAACAUGUCGUGCCUUAGGAUUUGAGAAAGUCACAGUACCCGGACCAUUCGGCGUUUCGGAUAUUUUUGACGGCAAUCUACUUUUGCAAAACAUAGACAAGUCGGACACGUUCAAGAACAUGACAGUAGACUGCAAACGUUCGAUAAUGGCCAUGCAAUGUGGACUAUAUCAACCAAAAUGUCAGAAUGGUGCACCUAUACCAAUCUGUAGGGAACAUUGUGAAAAUGAUAUAAUUUUAUUUGCGAAAACAGCACAUAAUCUGCAAGAAUCUUUAAACAUUUUAGCCGAAUAUUGUGAUAGAUGGAAACUAAUUGUUAAUACAGAAAAGACAAAAGGUAUUAUAUCGGGUUGCCCGCUAACAGACAUUGAUCAAGAGCUUCAUGCAAAGCUACAAUAUGGAUGCAAAUUCCUGCCAUAUGUAACUGACAGUAUUGGAUGUGUACCAAUAUCUGCAGGUCGCGGAAUGAGAUAUAUGGGAUCUAGCGGAAGAAUUCUCUCAGCUUACUACCCUGACCCUUAUCCGUUGAAUUCUAACUGUAACUGGCAUGUAGAAGUAGAUCCCUACCACGUUAUUAAAUUUGAGAUUGUCGACUACGAUGUCGGUGUUAACACCGGAAGUGAAGAGGAUUGUGGAUUAUAUGUGGAAGAUAAAACUAAUGCCACUGUUCCAUAUGAGUGUGGGGAAGUACCUUCUACAUUUGUAACAAGUGGGAACAUUGUAAAACUAAAGUUUGUGACAGAUACUUACAGUACUGGGCGUGGCUUUAACAUCAAAUAUAGGCAAGUCCCCGUUGAUGCAUGUAUAUCGUACCCAGGUGAACACAACUUAACUUUGAGUUCAGACGACAAUUCAUCAAACUUGGAUGUAGAAACAUGCAAUAUAACGAAAAUCUAUCUCCAAGAUAAAAGAGAUACUCUUGUUGUGAGGAUUGACUUCCUGGCGGAGGGGUGUAUUACACUGACUGGCAGUCUACAUCUGAAUGUGACUUUGUGUAAUAUAACCACCGUACAUGAGUAUAGAACAAAGGAAUAUGUUGAUAUUCAUUUUGAAUCAUCAGCACUUGUCUACAAUAUUGCAACUUACAAAAUCACUUAUGUGCGACCCGUCGAGACAGUGGCAUUGGACCAUUCUGGACGCCUCCAGAUUAUGUCAGAAGGGGAAAUUGGAACUAUGUGCGGAGAUUUAGAUCAGACUGCUGCAGACAGUAUAUGCAAGUCUCUUAACUACGGAUGGCCUGCUGGAAUCGAACAAGGUUUGUCAAUUCCUGAAACUUUGCCAAGACUGGUCAGUGAGAUUGAGUGUACCGGUGAAGAGGAAGAUAUAUCCCAGUGUGGUUUUGUUUUUGAUCCACUCGGAAAUGAUGUUUGUAUGGAAAGCUUUUACACGAGACAGACAGUUACCUGUCCAAUACGGACAAUAGCAUGUGACUUUACUCAGUCAACAUGUGGCUAUCAACUGAGUCAUCAAGUGAAAUUGUCACCCAUCUAUGGCCUUUAUAAAACCGACUCUAAAGCAUUUGCCAAGGGAAGUGCAACGUCGUCGACUUUUUCCUAUUCAGAGGGUAUUUAUUUACACUUUGAAUAUAUUAUCCGACGAGGAGCAGCCGGUGAUGCUAUCUCUGUCAAUCUAUUGCAAACAUCCAGUAAUACUACCGUUACCUUAUGGAAAUGGGCUUCUUACACAACAUACGGGACAUUUAAAGGCUGUACAGCAAUGCCGAUGCCAGGAUCAAAUAAAGAUGAACUAUACCAGCUUGUUAUCGAAUACACAUCUGGGGAACUUGAUUUCAUUGACCCAACGGCUGAAUAUACGGGGAUGAAGAAAUUUGAACUGUCUUUUGAACAGUGUAUAGAUGAAACAGAGGAGAUCAUUUGUUCAUUUGAAGACCUUGAAGCAUGUGCUAAAUUCAUAUUUCUUGAGAACCUUGCAUGUCCUGAAAGUCAGGACGUAAAUGCAUCCGCCAUUGUGACAUCUAAAAGUAAAUACUCCCGCGAAGAAUGGAUUCAGUCAGAUUAUACCUAUAGGAACAAUACAGGUCACUAUGUACUUGUUUACGAGGGGAGUUCCAUGGAUGUUGUUGAUUUAACCAACAUACCAAGAGAUUUGCAAUAUUUCCGAUUCUAUUUCGGUAUCAAUAAUGGAGUUGAUGUCACCAAAAAUGCCACAUUAGUCCUGUACGCCGAUGAUGACGUCAUUUUUGAAGCAGCCACCCUUGGUGAUGACUGGACGGAAGCUUGUAUAGAUAUAUCUGAUACAAACGUAACCAGGUUCAGUCUGCAAUUUGGUGAUCAGCAGUUCCACGAAACAGGAAAUGUUGGAAGAAAGACGGCGUUAUUGGCUGUAGAUGACAUCGGCUUUACGUCUUUGCCGUGCUCAUAUUAUCUGAACUGCGACUUCCAAAACGACUGCAGCAGACGAUAUAGAUCUGUGACUAAGGUUAACAUACCACGUGAAUGGAUUCUUGAAGAGUCAAUGACUGACCACACAUACAGACCUCACUCUGACGCGACAUUCAACACUAUCAAUAAAGGUACUUAUAUGAGAGCCGACUUUGCUGAUGCCGAGGAAGGCUUUACUGCUGUUUUACAGUCCGGUCAAAUGUCAGAAGCUGAUGAUAUCAAAUGUGUCUCGUUCAAAUUCUAUAUAAAUGGAAAUAAAAAUCCAGGAACAUUGAAGGUUACUGUCGAUACUGGAAGGGAAUAUGAAACUGCUGAAGUCAGCAAUGGAGACAAAGGAAACGAAUGGCACAUGUAUAAGUUGUCUGUAACAAAUAAAGUCCGCUUUAUUCAGUUUGUUGCUGUACGAGGCAUCGGUGAUGGUACUAUUGCUAUUGACGAUGUUCUUUUCACAACACAACCUUGCAGUGCUGGCCUAGACAACCUGAAGUACUGUACGUUUGAAGAUCCAGUGCUAUGUGGAAUUGACCCAGUCAAUAAGAGUUGGAAACAAGGGAGAGCUAAUGACUUGUCGGAGUAUAUUCAGUACGAUGCGGACUUGAACAAAGAUGGACAUUUCUAUUACAUUAUUCCAUCAACGCUAUCCGUAGGAGAGGAGAUAUCUAUCCUCUUUGAUGUUGAGACAAAUAAAACCGCCCUCCAGUUCUCUUAUAUAUUCGCUAGCGGAGGAGCAACAAAGUUAUAUACUGAAAUAGACGGGCAAAGGGAAUAUGUGAAUGUCCAAAUUGUAAAUUACUGGGUAGAAUCGGAAUGUAUCUCACUUCCGGUGGAAUUUGGCGGGAAAUUAACCCUAGGAAUAGAAAAUGACACCAGUGAUGUUACAUUUAUAGCAGUUGAUAAUGUAAGGCUGUUAAACAAGGACAACUGCAUAGAGCCUUCGCUUACAUGUGAUUUUACGUCUGGAAGUACAUGUAGUUACAACUCACUUGGUACUAAUUGGAAAUUUUCUAACAUAUUUACAAGUACUCAAUCAGGAAUUAUUCAAGCGCCUGUGGUUUUAGUUGCCAAUGAUACGCAGCAUUGCUUCGGAUUUUCUUACACCGUAACGUCAGUUGAUUCAGUUGAAGCACAACCUAAGCUAGCUUUAUACCGAGAUGCCGUGGAAAUAUGGAGCGGUUAUGGUCACGUGGGAUCCACGAGAAAUUCAGGGCAAGUGACAGUAGAUGGUGGUGUACUCAGUCUACAGAUCUUCAGUGAAGGACGCGGUUUGUUCGAAAUAUACGAAACAAGAUUUCAGUUCGGGGCAUGUGUUAGUAUAACCGAUUGUUCGGAAUUUAUAUGCAGUGACAAGUGUCUCCCAAAUAAUCGAAAAUGUGACAGAGUUGUAGACUGUUUUCUUGGGGAAGAUGAAGAGGCCGAGUUAUGUGGAUUUCAUUUUAACUUGGAUUUUACAAACGUAACAAGUUUAUCUGAGACUGGCUUUCAGACUCCAGUUACUUCGAAUUCUGCGUGGAGGUUGCUUUCUGAUUUUACACUUAAUAUUGAUGGGUCACAAGUGGAUAUUUUUGACCAGUUACUUGUUACACAUUUCACAAGACUUUCUCCAAUGCCAAUCAUUAUCGAAUCGUUCGAAUAUCAUCUCGAAGAAGACUCGUGUUUACAAAUAGUUUAUUAUGGCGACGCCGCGUCCGGCAAAAUCCAGCUUCGUUACCAAAGAGAUGACCAACAACAAGCCGAGAUUCUCUUCCGGAUUGAACCUACACCAUCUACUAGACAUAUUUCUGUACCAGUACAAAGUGGCAAUGUGAGAGUUCUCCUGUAUGUUUAUAUGAUAGACUUGCGUCCCGUCUACAGUGAUGAUAUCCGGUCGUCUGCUGUUUUUGUUAUCAAACAGAUUAUAAUGCAUGCUGGGGAAAUGUGUUCCAAUCUUCUUGUAGGCAAGGACAUUUUUCUUUUCCAAAAAGGAUACUUCUGUACAAAAAUUAGAUCAGAAUUUAAACUUUCUUGCAACAGUUUGUCUGCAUGUAGAAAUAACAACACAGAUUAG